ACAAGACGCUGAUACAAGACGCUGAUACAUUGAUUUCUGGAAGAAUUGUAUCUAGUAUUUUAAAUUCACGAAUUAUCAUCUGUUCGACCUAGCUUAUUAAGUUUUAUUUCGUGCAAGUAUUUGAAGGUAAAAUGUGUACUCAAACAAAGGCUGCUGCCCUUAUGGCGAGCAUUCCUGAGGCAGAUAUCGACCCGACUGGAGUGUUCAAAUACGUUCUGAUACGGGUGCACAGUAAAGAAGAAGGCGAUGACUCCAGCGUAGAUAUUGUACGUGGAUAUGCCUGGGCCGAAUAUCAUGCUGAUAUCUAUGACAAGGUAGCAGAGGAGCUGGAGAAAGGAGGGCAACUUGACUGUGAAUGUAUUGGAGGAGGAAGGAUUAAGCAUGACUGCCAGUCCAAGAAGAUCCACGUCUAUGGCUACUCAAUGGGCUUUGGCAAAGCUAAUCACGCUGUAUCGACAGAGAAGCUGAAGGUGCGUUACCCUACUUACGAGGUCACCUGGGCUGACGAGGGAUACUGACAUAGACUGGAGCCAGCUCUGCGCUUGGACUUGGGUUCAGGACUUCCUGUGUCAAUGAGUGUGGGCUAAAAGAACACAACAAAACUUCAUUGGCUUCACAUUAUGUGAGAUAUGAAGACCUGUUCGUACAAUGCUGGAACCGGAACGAAGAUUGACGCAGUAUAUAGAUAAGAUACCCAGAACAACCGUGCUUAAUUUUGUAUUUUGUUUCAGUGAAACAUACAGGGAAAACAUUGGUUUCCAGGAAUAUUUUUUAUGUUUAACCAUAAAACGAAUAAAUGUUUACAGUGAUUU